GCGCGAUGUCGCACGGAGCCGGGCUCGUCCGCACCACGUGCAGCAGUGGCGGCGCGUUCGGACCCAGGGCCGGCGCGGGACAGCGGGGCACUAGCACCUCGGAGGGGAUGCUGGACCCAGUCUACCCCCGCACCCAUGGGGCCCUGCUGAAAGUGGCGCAGAUGGUCACUCUGCUGAUUGCCUUCAUCUGCGUGAGGAGCUCUCCAUGGAUCAACCAGAGUGCCUACAGAUACUUUGAAGUGGUCACCAUUUGCAACUUGAUAAUGAUCCUCGCAUUUUACCUGGUCCACCUCUUCCGCCUCUACCGCGUGCUCACCUGCAUCAGCUGGCCCCUGUCGGAACUCCUGCACUAUCUAAUCGGCACCCUGCUCCUCCUCGUGGCCUCCAUCGUGGCAGCCUCCAAGAGCUACAGCCAGAGCGAGCUGGUGGCCGCAGCGAUCUUCGGUUUCAUAGCCACCUUCCUCUGCCUGGCGAGCGUGUGGCUGUCCUACAAGAUCUCCUGUGUGACCCAGUCAACAGAUGCAGCCGUCUGAGGACACCACAGCUCCAGGCCCGCAGGAGGCCCUGCAGGACGCGUGGCCCGCAGACAGCAGGGUCAGUGGGCCAGUGACCCUAGGAAAGACUUCUGAGCCUGUGUUCCUGUGCCAGAGCCCUGCCCGGGCUGGUGGGCACAGGAGGGCUUCUGCUCCCGGGGCUGCUCCACACCUCUCUCCGGCCCACCUCGAGGAAUAUUUCUCCCCAUCUGGGAAAGAAAAGCAGCCUCCAGGGAUAUCUGGUCUCUCCUUCCUGCUUCUAAAACUGCCUCAGGGACUGGUGACCAUACUUAACACCGUGGGGUUUCUGGGUACCCUGCGUAAACCCCAUUCCUCGCGGGAGCAAAGCUGCCCGACGUCUACCUAGGAAAACAAAGCCCUCUCCUCUGUCUCCAGCUUGGGAGUCUGGUCUUGAAAAUGUUGUUUUUCUUAAAGUGAGCAUGGGGAAGCACUAUGUGGUCAGCCUGUCCCCAAAGGUGAGCUCAGUCUCCUUUCUCGGCUCUGUGAGCAUUGCAUGUGUGUGUGUGUGUGUGUGUGUGUGUGCGCGCGCGUGCGCGUGUUUAAUAAAAUACUGACUUGGCCAAUUGCACGAGGAUUUCUCAUUAAACCAGAGAAGGCUGUAACACCAGGAGUGAAGUGAAGGGGCCCAGGAGGCUUAGAAGAUGCCACCGGAGGUGAGCCGAGGAAAGGAUGCAGGACACAGCGUCCUCUGCAGGGCUGCCUAUUUUCCAAGGAAACUGAUUUCGAGGGCAGACGCCAAUCCUGUUCACACAAGACAUAAGGCAGGACUCGGAGCAACACAGGCAGCCUUAGAAGGGAACUCUGACACAUGCUACCACAUGGAUGAGCCUUGAAGACACUGUGAAACGAAAGAGCCCAGACACAAAGCAACAAAUGCUGUACCCUCCCCUUACAUGAGGGCCCUAGAGUGGUCCAGGCUGGAGAGACAGUGAAUGGAUGCCAGGGCCCGGGGGGAGGGGCGUAGGGAGUUAGUGUUUCAUGGGUACCGUUUCCACUCGGGGAGAUGGAGAUGUUCUGGAGUUGGACAGUGGUGAUGUUGCCCAACAAUGUAUGUGUCAUUAAUGCCACUGUGCUGUAUACCUCAAAAGUGUUCAAAUGGUCAAUUUUGUUGUGUAUUUUUUAAAAUAUGUUUUUAUUGAUUUUAGAGAAAGA